GUCAUUGGAUGGGUGACCAAAAAUUACUAUCUCGGGCUUCUCCGUGCUUCGGAAGGCACGUUAAGCCGUUGGUCCCGGCCGCAUCUGCAGUCGUUAGCACCCACCAAUCCGCUCUGGGCCCGCGUGGUGGGUCAUGGCCCAAUCUCCCUAUUCAAUCAAUAGGGAAGGCCUGUGCCUCAGCGUGGCGACAUGCAGAUUAUGAUAAUUAUACGUAUUUAAGUUUGUCUACGAAUAUUGCACAAUGCUAUUUGACUGACCAUUUAAAUACUUCUCAUAAGGGAAAACAAUUGCCUUGUGUGCUGUUCUGUUUUGGAUUGUACAAACAAUAAGUUUUUUUUUUUAAUUAUAAAACAAUAAAUAAGCUUAGUUUUUAUAGUACAGUAUAUACAAAUUCUGUUUUGAAAUAUUAUUUUUUAUAAAAUAUAUUAUUAUUAUUAUAUAUACAUAUUAUUAAAUAAGUAUAUUUAUAUAGAAAUAUAUAUUAAACAUCCAUGACUGGAGUACAAAUGCUCGUAUUCAUCACACAAACAUCUGCCCCCACCGGGAUUCGAACCCGGGACCUCUCGAGUCGGCGACACCAUGAAACCCGGCGUAC